UAUAUUUCACAAAAAAAAAACAUGAAAAAAAUGUCAAAAAUAAAGCAAAUUUCCCAAUGGCGACGGUAGGGUUCGCGUCACCGCCCGUUCGCCUCCUGAGCAGCCGCCCCUCUCCCUCUCAUUCUCAUUUACCGGCGAAGCAUUUUACCUUUCGAGUCCGGUGCUCCUCCGAGGCUGCUCAGGAAACCGCCCCGGCGGAGGAGGAGACCGUCGUGGAGACUCCAAAACGGUCCUCCUCGUCUCUGAUCUCCGUAGAAAAUGUCCAAAAAGCCCUUCGAGGCGUUGCGAUCACGAGCGUUGAUCACUAUGGGAGGCUAGGGCUCCCGAGGAACUGCUCUUAUGAUCAGGUUUCAUCCGCUUAUGAAAAGAAGUGUGAAGAAUUGAGGAGCCAGGAUUCGGAUGGAGAGGAAGUCAGCGAACAGCUGGAACUUCUUAAGGAAUCUUAUGAAAUUCUAUCGUCUGAAGAUGAAAGAAGAUUAUAUGAUUGGAGUUUGGCCAGAAGUGACAUGCCAGAUAGAUAUAUGUGGCCUUUUGAAGUUGACAUAACGCAAACACCAACAGGAUCUCCACCACCAGAGGAACCUGAAGAUGUAGGGCCAACAAGGAUCGUUGGCUACUCUUUACUUGCUUGGUUCAUUUUCUCUGUCGUUUUGUCCAUAGCCCUCAACAGAUGA